GGUUGUUCCUGUUGUGCGACUUGCUGCUGAGCCUGUGACUGAAGUCCGACACCUGACUGUGAAGAGUCAGCAGUUUUCUUCUUCUCUUGGCUUUCCAUCAGCAUGGAUACUUGGAGGAGAGGAUCCAUUAAGUCCACAACGUUCUUCAGACGCUUCUCACUCAGGAGACACAAAAAGCUGGGCAACCAAGUCAUUAUCUUGAAUAAGAACAGCCACACACUGGACAGUGACGGACAGUGCCAGAAGAGGGAAUGCUUGAGGGAUCUGAAGGACAAGUCUGAUUACCUGUCAUGUCAGAGCGAGCAAAACCUGGCCAAGGCACAAGCACCUCCUAAGCCUCCCCGGCUGUACUUGGACAGCUCUAGCUGCCCUAACAUCAUUGAUCACACGGAUUCUCACUCUGAUGUCUCCUUUUCUGGUGCUUCUCAUCAAUACAACAAAGCCACUCAAACUCAGUUCCACAAGGACCAGGCUACAGACUGUGUGACCUCCGAGACUGGUUCCCAGAACGGCACCGCUCUUUCUGAUCUGUCUGAUCCUUUCCUGUCCUUUAAAGUGGAUUUGGGGCUAUCACUUCUAGAGGAUGUUCUGCAGACCCUCAGAAAACAGAAUCCAAGAGAUUAUGCCAUUUGAAGGUAUUUAUCACUUAUUGUAUCACAUUUACCUACUGCUGGUGCCAGUUUCUCCAGUCCUAACAGGAAGAAGGAUACUGUAGCACCCCUGUUGUGCGUGGUCUGUUUUAUUGUCGUUGUCUUACCCAUCACAGACUGUUCUUGUCCUCGCCAAGGAGUCCUUCGGAGCAGAGCUGACAGGCUCCAUGCCUAGAUGAGAGCACUGUCUGCUGGAACCUUGUGGGCAAGUUUCCAUUCUCCACACUAGGAAUUUCUCACCCUUGACUGCGCAUCUCCUCCUCACAGAAGAUUGGUAUUGUUUGACAAAAGACUUGUUUUGGGGAUGUGGCUGUGACAUUGCGGAGUUCGGACAGAAAGGGGUUUGGCAUACAUAAUUUGUGGAU